CGUUGCAUGUUGCAUGAACAUAACACAGACGUUUUGUAACCUCAUUAGCAAUUUGACAGUCAGACAACUAAAAGCAAAAAUUGUUUAAAAAUGGACAAGAAAAGUUACGAAAUUAGAAAGAGAGUAAUCGCAGCUGUGCGUCGACGUCGUGCAAUUUACGAUACACGAGUGAAGGAGCAUAAAAUUGUCCAUCUGAAGGAGAAAGCAUGGGCUGAUGCAGCUCAAGAAGUCAACAUGUCAAUAAAUGACACAAAAAUCACCUUCCAAAGUCUCCGACAAAGAUAUUCAAGAGAGCUGAGGAAAGUGAGGCAUGGAGUUGCACCAGAAGACAUUGAUAAAAUGUGGCCAUUCUAUAAACAUUUGGGUUUCCUCUAUGAAUUUGUUAAACCGAGAAAACGUGGAUGUCCAAAUAUUGAAAAUUAUACGAACAUGAGCUCAUAUGACGAUUCUAUUGAUUCUCCACAAGAAUCAUCACAAAAUAUGUCACAUGACGAUCCUCUGGAUGAUGAUACUGACUAUCUCAAAGAUGCUAUUAUAAUGGAAUCAGAUGCUUCAAAUGUGUCCGCAGAUUCUUAUGAAGAGAAACCCGUAAUCCAGGCAGGAACUCCGGAAGCAUCAAGCAUUGAAGCUAAGACUGAGCAAAUAUCCUGGAAAACCAACACAAAUAAAUCAAACCGGCCAGUGGAUACUGCACCUCAAGAUGACUCAACUCCUGACCGCACUGAUGUUAUUACAUAUUACACUAAAAUUAUUGAACAAAAAUUGCGAGCUAUGCCACAGUAUAAAGCAGAAUCCUUGGUUCUCAAAUUUAUUGUUGACCUAAAUUCUGAAAUUAAGAAAGUUGAGUAAUUUUUUCUUAACUUUCUUAACUUCCAAAUUUAUUUCAUGGUAUUAUUUCCAAAAUUACUAAUAAAGAAUUACUCUAAUGAAAUUGAACUAAAAA